UGGCGCGCCCGCCACCGAGGCGACGAGGCUGGGCCAAGGCUAUUCUCGGCAGAGGACAAGGGCAGAGGCCCAGCAGCGCUGCCACGCCCUCGCACACACACAAGCAUUUCUCAAGAAGAACACGGCCGCUCACCAAUCCCAUCCUCCCCCUUUCCCCUCCUCACGAUCCACCACUUCCACUCCUCUCCAUCGUCACCCAACCUCGACACCUCACACCGCACCCCUCCCACCUCACCAACACCCACCGCCAUGUCCACAGCCGUCGCGUCCUCGGCCACCCAGGCCACCAACCGGGCACCCUCCAAGGCACCCACCAUCAACAUCACAAAGCAGAGCGACGCACCUGCAUCAAAGGGAACCAAGAUGUCCCACCGACAGGCAAAGUCCUACAAGAAGGAGGACCUCAAGCAGUUCAACGUACCCGACCUCACCGUCAAGGACCUCCUGUCGGCCAUCCCAAAGCACUGCUUCGAGCGCUCCGCCCUCAAGUCCUCGGUUCACCUCGCUGGCGACUUUGCCAUGAUCGCAGCCCUGGGAUAUGCCGCUAGCUACAUCGACCCCUCUGUCAAGUCAUUCGACUUUGGCACCACACCCCUCGCACCCUACAUUAGCGCAGCUGCCCAAGCCUCCAUUGCGCGCUUCUCUGCAUGGGCCCUCUACACCUUCUGCCAGGGUCUCGUCAUGACCGGUGUGUGGAUCAUCGCCCACGAGUGUGGUCACCAGGCUUUCUCCGAGUCCAAGACGAUCAACAACACCGUCGGCUGGUUCCUUCACAGCGCUCUCCUGGUACCUUACCACUCCUGGAGGAUCUCCCACGCCCGUCACCACGCUGCCACUGGACACUUGACCCGCGAUGAAGUCUUUGUUCCCCGCACCCGUGCCAUGAAGGGACUCCUUCCCCUCAGGCCCGCCGCAUCCGACUCUGAUGCCGAGGACGAGCAGGCCAUCGAGCAGAACCUCGAAGGUAGCGAGAACCCCGAGUCUAUCCCCGCUUCCAGCGUCCUCGCCUCUCACGAAGAGGAGGAGACCUGGGGCGAGUGGCUGCACGAGCUCCUGGAGGACGCACCUGCCUACAACUUCAUCUUCCUCGUGGUUCAGCAGCUCCUCGGGUGGCCCAUGUACUUGAUCAAGAACUCUUCUGGUCAGCUGCACUUCCCCAAGGGAACCAACCACUUCAACCCAGACUCGAUCAUCUUCGACAAGCGCCACCGCUCUCAGAUCAUCAUGUCCGACGUCGGUAUUGCCUUGACCAUCUCUGCCUUGGCUUACGCUGUUUCGCAGACCAGCUUCGGCACAGUGAUGAGGUACUACGGCUACUCGUACCUGUGCGUCAACCACUGGCUCGUGAUGAUCACCUACCUGCAGCACACCGACCCUCUGCUGCCUCACUACUCUGCCGAGGCCUGGACUUUCCCUCGCGGCGCCCUCUGCACCAUUGACCGCAAGUGGCUCGGCCCCAUUGGUCCCUACAUUCUGCACGGUAUUGCCGAGACCCACGUUGCACACCACAUCUCGUCGAAGAUCCCGCACUACAAUGCUUGGGAGGCCACCGAGGCCCUCAAGGAGCGUCUUGGAGAGCACUACCACUGCACCGAUGAGAACGUCUUUGUGAGCCUGUGGAAGACGGUGACGAACUGCAAGUUCAUCGAGGAGAACGAGAAGGUCUCUUUCUACCGCAACGCUCACGGUGUGCCCCAGGUCGUCGCUGCUGAGAAGGAGCUCGAGUCUGACUCGGGUCUGGCUCUGAGCGAGUAAAGAGUGCAGUAGCCCAUAGCGACGCUUCGGCGCUCAGACAGCGCUUUUUGCGGCUCACUCUCGCCGUGUCGGCCUACGAGCACGGUGCGACAAGUGCAAAGCGAUGCUUGCCUCGACCAUAGAUAGCUCUGUCACAUAGAGAGCUCUUCGUCACCUUCACGUCAACACAUACACAUGCACUGUUCCCUAUUUUUCCAAGCACGCGUCACCACAUCAAGAAGAAGAUCUCCAAGACGGACUCUCUCAUUCUUCCUUGCAUUCCUCUCUAUUCACAUUCAUUCCUUCUCUUCUGUCUUUCACCGUCGUCCCUCCUCACCACUUCUUUUCUAUCAUUCUUUAAGUUGUCGAAGCGGUGCGGUGCCAAUGCACAAAGAAAGUCCGAUCGAUUUAGAUG